UUUCCUUUCUUCUUGAUCUUUUUUUUUUGGAAGGACGGAGUUUGCAGUCGCAACUUGGAAUUGAGCUGAGAACCCGUAAUACCCACUCGAUUUAGACAAGUGAAACCCAAAUGGUCUUGAGCUGGUGAAGCAAGAAAUGGAUUUCUUCUGAGGUUUCUCUCUGCAAUUUCAAGAUUUGCAGUUCGGGUUAAGUUUCGCUUGCAGUCAAUUUCAGACCCUGUUUCUAAUUUCAAUAAAUUUGAGCUGUUAAUGAUUGCCUAGGCUAAAAUGGGUUCGAUUUCCAUUUGAUCUUGUUGGUAAUUUUAACAAAGGUUAUAAUGGGAUCGAUGGCAAAGGCUGAAGGAAUAAACCAAGAUAGGAUCACACAAUUACCAGAUGACAUUGUUUCCCACAUAUUCUCCUUCCUUCCUACAGUAGAUGCUGUCAGGAACACCCUUUUGUCGAAAAAAUUUAACCAAGUGUGGACAAAGCUUCAAACUCUAGACUUCGACAGUGAAAGGGAAUUUCAGAAGUGUAGAGGUGGAACUGCUUUUCUAACGUUUGUAUCUCGUGUGCUCUACUUUCGUGAUGGAUCAGAGAUACGUACAUUCCGUCUAAAACUGUCUCGUAAACGUUAUUUACCAUGUGUUGGGGAUUGGAUUUGCACUGCUGUUAAGCGUAAAGUAGUUGAGCUUGAUCUCCAUCUAAACUUUGAUGUAUGGACUGAUUUCGAGUUGCCUCCGUGCAUUUUUUGGUGCAAAACACUUGAGGUUUUGAAACUGAAUCUGUCGCCUUGGGAGGUCACCGAUGAUAUUCCUACAUCAGGCUGUUUCCCAAUUCUCAAGUUCCUCCAUGUUACAGUGUUUAAUCCUUCCAUCCGGGAAAUGGAGAAGCUUUUGUCUCACUUCCCUGUACUUGAAGAGUUGACUAUAGAUGGAACUGGUGAAGAUCUUGAUGACUUUGGUACUUGCAGUUUCCAGGUCUCUGCAUCGAAACUGAAGACGUUGAGAAUAAGUUUGGAAUCCCUAUCUGAGCCUGUCGAUAUUCAUGUAAAUGCCCCACAGCUUGAAAGCCUUGAUCUCCAGCGGCUUGGUUUAACUAAUUGUUUUCUUGAUGGGAGUGCAAACUCCCUAGUCAAUGCCAGUAUUGCUUUCAGAGAAAAAUUUGAAAUAAAAGGACUGUUUGAUCUUUCCGACUCUACAAUGGAGCUUCUGAAUCAAGUCUCUGAUGUCAAAUCUCUAUCUGUUUCGGCUCAUUGCUUGGAGGAUUUGCAUCUCCCUGAGAAUUACUAUCUCCCUUCUUUUGGUAAUGUGAACCAAUUGAGGCUGGCUUUUGGGGAUCACAGUUGCUGGGAAUUGCUAGCUCGGUUUCUCAACAGUGCACCUAAUCUUGAAAUUCUUGUCUUAGACGAUAGAACUGAAGGUCACAAAGAACUGUCAGAGAUUCACUGGAAUCCACCAGAGCAAGUGCCUAGUAGUUUAUUAUCAAACCUGAAGACAAUCUGCUUUAAGGGGUUCAAGGGAAGGCUGUUUGAGAUGGAAAUGAUAAAGUAUCUGUUGAAGAAUGGUCAACUGUUGAAUAAGAUGACGAUUUCUACAGGCCUGCAUCUUUCAUAUGAUAGACAGAACGACUUAUACACAGAGUUUAUGAUGUUCCAUAGGGCAGCAACUUGUCAUGUUGAGUUCAUGUACAUGGAAGUUUAGGGCAGAAGCACCUGUCAUCAAAUCUGUAGGAUUUUAAAUAAAAUCUGUUGCAGGAUGUUAGUGAUGUUACUGGCACACUUGCAAGGGAUAUGUGAACAAUGCAGAAAAGCAGUCAGCUUGAAACUAGUUAUGGUUUGUCUUAAUAAAUACUCCAGAAUUGUAUCACCUAUCAACCUUCUCUCCUACCUCUUUCUCUUUUGAUUUCUUCACGUUUCUCUUCAGUACCCUUAUGUAAUAUUUCUUUUUUAAUUUUAUGAGGUGGAUGUGUGUUUUUUUUUUGGUUC